GGCCGAGGUGCUCGCGCCUCAUGGGGCCCGGGCGGGACCCACCGGGCCGGGCUGCGACCUGUCCGCCGGGGUUGGGGCCCGGGGCAAGGAGGGACCAGCCACCUCAGCCCACCUCUGUCAGUGAGGAUCCAACUUAGCCCAGCCACCUCAGCCCACCCCUGUCAGUGGGGAUGCACCUUAGCCCAGCCGCCUCAGCCCACCCGCGUCACUGAGGAUGUACCUUAGCCCAGCCGCCUCAGACUCCGCCUUGCCAAUCAGUGAAACGAAUCGUGUCGAUGCGGGCACUAGUUGAACUCUGGGAGCCAGGCAUAGGGCCGGUACCGUAGUCGCUCCAUUGAUCUGGGGAUGACAGCUGUAAACGCCUGCUGUGCCCUGAGCGUCAGGCGAGGGACAAAUGGCCCGCGCAGAGGGUGCCGUACGGGGUGUCCCGCCGUGGCGUUGGGCUGUCCCGGGGACACGGCGCUGUCCCUCACGGGCGUCGUGCAGGAGUGAAGUUACACCUCGUUCGGGUACAGCUACAAACUGGUAGCAAGUGCUGUUGCUCUUCCCCACUUCUCCUAAAUUAAUAAGUAUAUUGUCACUUGCAUCCUGUGGAAACUUGUAUCAAAAUCUUUCGCCUGUUUUUCUAACUGCUGGGCUGGUGCUGCUGAACGUAUCUCACUGAAGUGUGUGACACCUCAGCCUGCUGAUCUUCCUGAGCUGUGCUUUCCAAGACAGAAUUAAUAUGGAUGAUUCUUAUAGUUCAAGUGGAGUGUGUGUUUGCAACACCCUACAAAACGAAGCUUUUGGAAGCAGUAACUAUUAACUCCAUAGCAGGUUAAAUUUUCUGCUAUUGCAAAUUGGAAUAAUUUAUUUGCAAUCACUGGAUCUACAAAUAGUUGUGUCUGGAGAUUCAGUGGUGGCUGAAGGGUACGUGACACAAGCUGCCAGGUGGUACAGCGUAAGGUUUGCAUAAAGGUCUCUGAACAAAAUGAAUUUCAUUACAAGGCUUUCUGCUUUAUGUCUGAGGAAAAGCAAGAUGCAACACAGGCACCAAAGUAAUAGACGACCAGCUGUUCCACUUGGAUCACGGAUUUUAACUGAUCCUUCUAAGGUCUUUGAGCAUAACAUGUGGGACCACAUGCAAUGGUCACAAGAAGAAGAGGAGAGUGCCAAGAAAAAAGCAGCAGAGAACUCACUUGUGAAAGUUCAAUGGGAAGACCAAGAUAAAUAUGAGAGAGAAGCCAGUAAAUAUUGGAAUGAAUUUUACAAGACCCAUAAAAAUAACUUUUUCAAGGAUCGUAAUUGGCUAUUUCUGGAAUUUCCAGAAAUUCUUCCGGAAGAAAAGAGACAAGAAUUGAAAAGAGAAGAAAGAUCUUCAGAACACAGAAAAAUAAAUAGUACCAAUAGUUUUUCACACAAAAAUGAAAUGUUUGGUGAAGGAGAAAAAUACUGGAAGAAAAAUUAUCGAGGUGGUUCUACUGCUGUACAAGGAUGUGUGUAUAAUAAAAACCAAGCAGAAACACUUAGUGAAAGUCCUCAGGGUAAAAAUUGUGGAGAAGAACUUGACAGGCUAGAAUCUUUCCCUGGAAGUGAUGCCACUUAUAGAAUAUUAGAGGUUGGUUGUGGAGCUGGAAACAGCGUCUUUCCUAUUUUGGAAGUUCUAUGCAAUACACCUGGAACCUUUCUGUACUGUUGUGAUUUUGCUUCAGGAGCAGUGGAGCUGGUAAAGUCACAUUCGUCCUACAAUUCAGCCUGGUGUUCUGCCUUUGUUCAUGAUGUGUGUGAUGACGCUUUACCCUAUCCUUUUCCAGAUGAGAUCCUGGAUGUCAUUCUCCUUGUCUUUGUGCUCUCUACUAUUCAUCCUGACAGGAUGCAAGGGGUUGUAAAUAGGUUGGCUAAGCUACUGAAACCUGGAGGAAUGUUGUUAUUUCGAGACUAUGGAAGAUAUGAUACAGCUCAACUUCGUUUUAAAAAAGGUCAUUGCUUGUCAGAAAAUUUUUAUGUACGAGGAGAUGGAACCAGAGUAUAUUUCUUUACCAAAGAUGAGGUAUGGAACAUGUUCAACUUGGCUGGAUUGACUGAAGUACAGAAUUUAGUUGAUCGGCGAUUACAGGUAAACAGGAAGAAAAAAGUGAAAAUGCAGCGAGUUUGGAUACAAAGCAAGUUCCAGAAACCGUUGCUGUCUCUCCAUAAUCCUGAAGAAACAACCAAAAGGCACCCUUAUAAAUAAUUGUACUCCAGAAAUGUAGUACAGCAAUGAACUCCAGAAACGGAAGCAAAUUGGGAGUACGUAUAUUUUCAGUAAAUGUUGUGUUAGUCACUGAAAAGGAUAAAUAUAUUGAACUGAAAAUUAAAACCUUUUCCCUAACUUUCUUUUCUUUGUAAAUAAAUACGUGUGAGAAAGAUCUGGGGUGGUGGUGGGGAAGGGCAUUUCUCACUUCUGCUUUAUAUACAAUAAAGGGAUAUGCAUUAAUCUUUUCAUAAUUGUGACCAGGCACUAUUCUACUUCCUGGAAUAGGAAUAGUCAAUAAGUAUAUAUCUCAUUCCUGUUGAAAUUCACAAUAUGUAAAAAGUUUUAGACCGAAGCAUGAUUUUUUUCAGAGAUUUAGAGAAACAGAAUAUCUCUUCUCACUGUUACUACAAGCUGCACUGUGUUAAUUUCUGAGUCAUGUCUUUUUUAACCAUUGUGCGUCUUGCAACUGUGUUUCCUCUUUCGGGGGAAAUUUUUUGGUGCACAGAUAAUGAAGACAGAAUCUCUUUCUGAUUUGCAUGUAAGUAAUUAUUCCACACUAACUGCAUGUGACACACACCCGUAUCAUACUAGUCAGUGAUUGGUGUCCUCCACUAUGACUGACCUGCGCCAUUGAAAUGUCCACUUUUCAUCUACAUGCUCAUGAGGAGCAUGCCAAAUUCAACUUUCUGUAACACCUUAGUGACACUUAUAUUCAAAGUGCGUAGGUUGUAAACUGAACAUGUUUCAUGUAGAAAAGAACUACCAGAAUGCCAAAAUAGUGCUGAAAAGAAUCGUUAAUAUUUUUCUGGAUAAAUACAAACAUUAUUUUUAUGAUAUGUUAGAUAUGCCUGAGUGAGGAGCAAAAACAGUAGUCCAGAGUACAUUUUAUUGUUAUUGUUAUGGGGUAAUGUAAUCACACUAAAAUGGUAAUCUACCUGGCAGUUGAGAUAUUUUUGUUGUUUACAGAUAGAAGUUUCUUAGGGAUUGAAUAUGAGAAAGAAAACACAAUGUUUUGUAUUGACCAAGUGGAGAUACAGUAAAGGACAGGACUACGGUAGUACUUCAAAUGCUUUUAAGAAGAAAACCAAAGUGCAAACACUGUUUUCAAAUGCAGAACAUGAUACUGAGGCUGUUGAGCUAGUAGUUAAAGAUGCUGCUUCUGCUACUUAAAUGUAAUUUUAAAUCACUUAGCCACAAGAAGAGGACAAGAAACAGGUGAAUGAAUAAAAUAAAUCUCUUAUUUCAAAAAGGGUAUGGAGUGCAUGUAACCUAUAACAUGCAGCUUUGAAUGCCAUUAAUACAGUGACACUCUCAAAGUUUCUUCUUGCUUUUGUUUUAGUCUGAAGGGUAAACAUGUCAGAGCUGACAACUGUUAGGUUUUUUUUAUGCAAGUUGUUAGCUGCUAAGCUAAGUAGAACUGAUUGUCUUGUAGAAAAAAAACCAAUUAUCUAAACGUGGAUAUCAAGUAGCUUCAUCGUCUUUAAUAAGAUGAGAGACCUGCCUAAUUUCCAUAAACCCAGAUCUGUUUCAAUAAUAAGGUACAAUAAAGGGAGUUGGAAGGUAGGAUCUGAUCCUGCAUCUUUGGUAUAUUCUAUACUGCCAUAAGACACUGUUUUAUGAAUUAAGAGACUCAGGAAGCUUUGGUUAGCAAUGGCAUUGUUGUAACCAGCAAUAAAACUUUGUGGUGUAAAUCAAAGGUUAAAACACAGCUUAAGCCCUAAGUCUUAAAAGACUGUAUUAGUCUUCAUGGGAAAUACAAAUAAAUAUCUGCUUAUAUUUUAAUUAUGUUGCUACCCUGUUUAAUAAUUGUGACUUCUAAAUAUACAGAGCUGUUAGUAUAAUACAAAUAAUUUUCACUUGUAGAAUUUUCUGGGGUGGCUGAUGAUGAUAAGCUCCUGAGCAUCAUGCAGUCUUACUCAUGUAUAUGACGUAGAUUUUCCAUGUGUAAAGGCUAAUAUAAUGUUUGCUUUGGCACUCACAAGGAUAUGUUGAUUCUGGCAAGGCUUUAAUAUGCUAUGUUGUUAGUUUAACAAAAAUAUGACAUCAGAAGAAACCAAAACCUGAAUUUUGAAUGGCCUUAAGCGAAAUUGUUUCUCUUCUACAAUUUGCAAAAUAAGUAUUGGCUGUCUCUUUGAGAAUAAUGGUGCCUGCCUUAGAAGUAAUAAGAUCAGCUACUAUUUAUAAAUGUAGAAUAUCCGCUGUCUGAACAGUUGUAAGAUUCAUAAAAGGGGAGUGGAAAUGGAAAAAGACAUCAUUCCCAAUAAGAACUUCUGAAUCUGAGUAAGACUUUCAGUAUUUUGGUUUCAUGACAUUUCGGAUUUCAAAAAGCUUAAUCAAGGAUGUAUUUUUAAAAUACUUUCAAAUUAUCUGUAUUAGUUGGGAAAACUACUAUUACAAUAUUGU